AUGGGAAGAUACAUGACAAAGAGGAUGUUUCUGCUUCUCACUCUGAUCAUGUUGCUUCCUCUCUUGAUCUCUUCUUCUAUUUCUGGUGAACCAGUUAACUCUAACAAGAACGGAGUAUUUAUUUCUGGACGCUUCCCAUCAUCCGAAUCAGAAGAAAAGCUUCCAAAGAUUGUUUCUGAUCUUGAGUUUGAGGCUUGUUGCUCUGCUUCACGAAUCUUCUCAUCCUCGAAAGCUGUAGAAAGCCUGGAGACGUAUGGAGAAGGUGUUAAAGAUUGCUUGGAUCUGUUUAAGCUUCUUGAAUGUUCAGGAACUCUUCGCAUCUGUGCCUCCUUCUGUGACAGAGUCUUUGAAGCUUGCUCUGAUGCUUACUUUAGUACUAGUGGUGAUGAUGCCAAUGAUCAGUUUAUUAUUGUGCCUUGUGGAGCAAGCGAAAGUAUCAUUUGCGGGAAAGCUUCUAAAUGGGAGAGUAAUGGCACAGCGUUCUGCAAUGCAAUGGGUUUCACUGUUCAAUCAACUGAUGAUUCCGCAGAAGAGACUUGUUACGGAAGCAAAUCAAGUCUAGAGUCGCCGCCACUCAUAAAAACUGAGAAGUCUGCGUGGUUUCAACUUGUAAAGAUCUAUUGGCUAGUAACAGUCAUUGUACUAAGAACAAUCUGUUGGCUAGAAAUCAGGGGGCGUUAUCAGCGGCAGAUGCGAGCUUUGGUUCAGAGAGAAAGAGUUGUAAGGAACAUGAAUGGGAUUGCCUAA